AUGCCAUUCUACGCUUGGAGACCUUUUCUCUGUGAAGACCACCGCAGAUACGCACACGGUGGGCCGUUGAGAAACACGGUGGAUGUCUCAUUUCUCAAUCGGCAAUCCGGAUAUAGUCCCCAAGUCUUGUGUGAAGCUCAUUUGACGUGUGUGAUAUCCGGGUCUGAUGACCAGCAUUGGGUUGCCUAUUUCUUCACCGACACCUAUUUUGAUGGUAAGGAUGAGGCAAGAGAGACCGUCCUCGAAUACGACAAGGAUAAGCGGAGUGACCACGGCAUGAAUGCGGAUCCGUUGACCUACGGCAAUGUCGACGCAGAUGUUGAUCCGGUCUGGGAUCCGCGAAAAUACUUUCUCACCAUAGUCCAACAUCGACUCGGACAGGUAACACGCGAGUGGUGCCAGGUAGUCACGAAUCUUAGGGAAAGUUUCUAUAAUUUCGAGCAGGUACGGUGCCUUCUAUCUUAUCACAAUCUGAAAGCCACGGUCGGUAGCUAUUGA